AUGUUAAGAUCCAAAUUAACCUAUCUUGGAUGCUUACUUCAGAGAACAACGAACAUUAUAAUUCAUACAAAUUAUUCUCAAAAUGUAUUAAAAAUAACAGAUACGGCUGUCCAAACAUAUUUGAAACAAUUAAUGAUUGAAUAUGAUACCUUGCAUAUAAAAUCUCGUAGAUCAUCGGAAGAGACGAGACGCUUAGACGAAAUUAAACCUAUAGUUCAUGUUUUAGAGCAGAGAGUAGCCUUAUACGACAGCAUAGAAUCAUUAAAAGAACUAACUAAAAAAGAUAACAAUGAUGAAGAAAUUAAGAAAAUGAUUAAAGAGGAAGCACAGAUAUAUCUGUCUCGGCUGACAGAAGUUGAUGACGAUUUAAAAUCAAUAUUACUGGAACCAUGCGUCACCAAUGGUGGUAUUGUACUUGAAGUAACAGCAGGUGCUGGAGGUCAAGAAUCUAUGCUAUUUGCUAAAGAAUUAUUUGAAUUGUAUCAGUCUUAUGCUGAAUAUAAAGAGUGGGAAGUUGAUAUAGCAUCAAUUGAAAAGUCAGACAUAGGUGGUAUUCGUAAAGCAUCAAUGUUAAUGAAAGGGUAUGGGGCCCCUGAAUUUAUGAGGAUGGAAGCAGGAGUGCAUAGAGUACAAAGAAUUCCUGUCACAGAAAAAGGUGGACGUAUUCAUACUAGCACAGUAUCAGUUGCUGUUUUACCACAAGCAACUGAGAUGGAGCUUGAUAUCCCAGCAAAAGAUAUCAUUGUUGAAACUAAAAGAGCCAGUGGUGCUGGGGGUCAGCAUGUGAACACAACGGAUAGUGCAGUCAGACUUAUCCAUACUCCUACUGGUACUACAGUUGAAUGUCAAGAAGGAAGGUCACAAAUUAAAAACAAAGAAAUCGCAAUGGAAAAACUAAGAGCCUUAUUAUUACAGAAACAAAUUGAAGAACAGUCCUCAAAAAUUAACAGUGAAAGGAAAGCGCAGGUUGGCUCAAGCAAUCGCAAUGAGAAAAUUAGAACUUACAACUAUCCUCAAGAUCGAGUAACAGAGCACAGGGAGGGUGGUGUAAAUAUACCAAGUCUCAAAAUUUUUAUGGAGGGUGGAGAACAACUGGAAAAACUGCAGGAGUCACUUCUGCGGCAACAAAGAUACGAAAUCCUAGCAGCUGAGGUGAAUGAAUUUAUUAGUAAAAAUCAAAUUGAAAGUUAA